AUGAAGAAGAGCCCAAAACCAAAAGCAGGACCUUCUUCAGCUCUUCAGGAGUUUCAAGCAAGCAAGGGCUGGUUUCACCGAUUCAUGCAGAGAUUUCAGCUCAAGUAUGUCUCCUUGCAUGGCGAAGCUGCAUCGGCAGACGUGGACGCUGUCCAAAAUUAUCCAGAAACCUUCAAAAAGCUAAUCAGCGACAAAGGCUUCUGUCCGCAACAGGUCUUCAAUAUGGACGAGACUGGCCUCUUCUGGAAGAGGAUGCCGUCACGUACAUAUAUUAUGAAAGACGAAGCCAGAGCCUCGGGUUUCAAAGCACACAAGGAUAGGGUGACCCUUAUCAUGCCUGGAUCAACAAGUCCUUACGGAACGGUGGUUCCUUCAAAUCUUCAUUCCAAACAAGUCAAGCAAUACCUCAGCGACUUGUGUAUGGAGUUCAAGGUCUUGUUGCUUAUGGACAACGCCGGUGGCCACCCUGCUGAUCUUUGUUAUGAGGGAGUCCAGAUCGAGUUCCUCCCUGCGAACACCACCUCUCUUCGGCAGCCCAUGGAUCAGGGUGUAAUCCGUGCCUUUAAGGCACUAUACACCCGGAACUCCCUCGAUCACCUAGUCAAGGCAAUGGAUGACGACAGUGAAUUCACACUCAAAGCUUAUUGGCGAAAUUCACAAUCGCUACCUGUCUGA